AUGCUGGAUGGCCAGCUCUUCUCCGAGGGGCCCGAUAGCCCCCGGGAGCUCCAGGAUGAGGAGUCUGGCAGCUGCCUCUGGGUGCAGAAAUCCAAGCUGCUGGUGAUCGAGGUGAAGACUAUUUCCUGUCAUUAUAGUCGCCGCGCCCCUCUUCGACAGCUCAUGGAUUUCCAGGCCAGCCACUGGGUCCGCGGGCCCCAGAGCCGCACGUGUGGGCCGCGCCCGGGAUCCCCUGAGCCGCUGCCCCGCCGGCCCUGGGCCUCCAGGGUGCUGCAGGAGGCGACCAACUGGCGGGCGGGGCCCCCGGCCGAGGCCCGAGCCCGGGAGCAAGAGAAAAGGAAAGCGGCAUCGCAGGAGCGGGAGGCCAAGGAGACCGAGCGAAAAAGGCGCAAGGCUGGUGGGGCCCGAAGGAGUCCCCCUGGUCGGCCCCGCCCGGAGCCUCGGAAUGCACUUCGGGUGGCCCACUCUGCAGGGCUCCCAGCUUCCUCAAGGCCGGAGCGCCUGGGGUCGGUGGGGCGACCGCCCCGUCCAUCCGCGCAGCCGCAGAGCAACCCUGGGGCGGCGUGGGCGGGGCCCUGGGGCGGUCGGCGGCCAGGGCCCCCCAGCUACGAGGCUCACCUGCUGCUGAGAGGCGCUGCCGGGAUGGCCCCGCGACGCCGCUGGGACCGGCCGCCACCCUACGUGGCUCCACCUUCUUACGAGGGCCCCCACAGGACCCUGGGGACUAAGCGAGGCCCAGAGCCCUCGCAGGCGCGCGCCUCUUCAACCUCUGCGCCGACUAGGACAGAGGGAGGGUGCGCAAAGAAGAGGCUAGAUCCUCGGAUCUACCGGGACGUCCUAGGGGCCUGGGGUCUCCGUCAGGGGCGGGGUCUCUUGGGGGGAUCCCCAGGCUGUGGAACAGACAGGCCAAGGCUGGAGUCCGGUAAGGGGGCCGCGGAGAAAAGCCUGAGGCUGGCUGCUGCUGGCCUGAAGAGUGGUAGCGACGGCCAUCCCCAAGCUAAAGCCGCUGGGAGCCCAGGCACAGUUCCUGCGGGGUCUGCCACUGCCACCCCUAGCCCCCCGCGUCCCACUCCCAGGUCCAGACCCCAUCCCAAGGGCUCCGGGGAAGGGAGGGAAGGUAGAGACCAGACCUGGCUCCCCAAACGCUGGGUUCCCUCCAUUAAAAAGCAGCCUCCCCGACACAGCCAGACCCUCCCCAGACCCUGGGCUCCAGGUGGCACGGGAUGGAGAGAAUCCCUGGGUCAUAGAGGGGAGACGGGACCCGAGACCUUGGAGGGUUGGAAGGCGACCCGACGCCCCCACACCUUGCCCCGAAGUUCCCGUGGCCCCGCUCGUGGGGAAGGCGUCUUUGUCAUUGACGCCACUUGCGUGGUGAUACGCUCCCAGUACGUCCCGACCCCUCGAACCCAGCAGGUGCAGCUUUUGCCCGCCGGGGUGCCGCGCCUUGUGGGGAAUGCCCCCAGCCAACGGAAACCCAAUCAAGAGGAGGGCGAGGGGGCCGCGGUCCUUCCCUCCCCUUGCCGAAAGCUGCUGUUGAGCAGUCGCCCUUCUCUCCAACCCAGUGAGGGACGCGGGCUCGAAGCUGAGGGCGGGAAGUCCGCGGACUCCUCACUGGAGGAGCGCGCCUCCCGCAUCUUGGGGCUCCCGGUUGGCGAAGUAAACCUACAGGAUCCCCCCACGCAGCCAGGUAGCCCAGAGCACUCAGGCUUAGGCCCAGCGGCUUCGGGGGGAGCGCGCGGUGCCGAGGGAUCGGAGAAAGUGGCGUCCGGCCCGCGGCGCGCAGGCCGGGGCUGGGCGCGAGCCCCUGGACCCUAUGCCGGGGCGCUGCGGGAAGCCGUGUCCCGCAUCCGCCGCCACACCGCCCCGGACUCCGACUCAGACGAAGCUGCGGAGCUCAGCGUCCAUAGCAGCUCUUCUGAUGCGAGCGACACAGAAGCCUCGGGCGCCUCCUGGCGGGAAGAGCGGACCGGGCCCCCGGAAGGCUGGAAGACAGCCGAACUGAGCGGCAAUGCCCAAGAGAUUGUAGGUGCCAUCAGCAAAACCGAGGAGGUCCUCUUCGGGGCGAGGGACAUUAAGGGGACUCCACAGGGAAAUAGGGAGCAACAGUGAGAGGCCCUUUAUUAUAUGUGUCCCCUUUUCUCUUCACAGACUUCUUGUACCCCUUACCUAUACCCACCCUUUCCCGAACUCAACAUAGAAGGCACACAGAUGAGCGGGAGCACAUGUCAAGUCAUGAUUUUUUUCCCAGGAGAGGUGAGGGUGUG